CCAUCUUAUCUGCGUCUGCUCUGCCUCUGGACUACGUUUCCCAGAGGCCACAGUGGCCCGACGUUACGUCUUUCUUGACGUCGUGGCGAGAUCGUUAGCUCCACAGGGACCCGGACGCGACCAAGGGGAGGCAGAAGGCUCAACUAUAGCACACAUGAAUAUAGCUACCAAAUCAAGAAGUUUGCAACUACCGGGAGCUAACAAAGCAAAAACAAAAGCCAUUCUGUGAAAAUAUAACUGAUUUUAGAAUAUCCUAAGCUGUUAUUUCAUAUUCAAGGGAAGAUUGUUUAAAAAAAAGAAAAGAAGUUGCUUCUGUAAAUUAAGCCUGAUUUCUUUUUGGAGCAAGGAGGAUAUCCUGGAUUGAGGGUUGACAAGAGCUCUGUGCACAAGACUCUGCACUUAUCCAAGAGAAGAAUCUAAAGAAAUCAGAACAGCUCAGGUAGUUUUAGAAGCCAUGGCACAGGGAUUGGUGACAUUCAGGGAUGUGGCCAUAGAGUUCUCUCAGGAAGAAUGGAAGUGCCUGGAACCUGCCCAGAGAGACUUGUACAGGGAUGUGACUCUGGAGAAUUUCAGUAACUUGGUCUCGCUAGGACUUUCCAUUUCUAAGCCCGAUGUCAUUUCCUUAUUGGAGCAAGGGAGAGAACCCUGGAUGAUUACAAAUGAUAUGACAAGACCAUGGUGUCCAGAGCUGGAGUCCAGGUGUGAGAAAUAUCCACGAAAAGAUAUUUCUGAAGUAGAGUCAUUCAAUUGGGAGAUAAUGGAAAGCCUUAAAUGCUAUGAUUUUGAUGGCUCCAGUUUCAGAGAUGACUGGAAAUACAAAGGCCAAUUUGAAAGACACCAAGUAACUCAGGAAUGCUAUUUCAAGCAAGUAAAAGUCAGUUAUGAAAACAUGCCCACUUUUGAGCAUCGUGCUUCCCUCACUUUACAUCAGAACAGUGAGACUGGUGAGAAACUGAUUGAAUGUAGUGAAUGUGGGAAAGCAUUUAGCCGUGGCUCACACCUUAUUCAGCAUCAGAAAACACAUACUGGUGAAAAACCCUUUGAAUGUAAGGAAUGUAGGAAGGCCUUUAGUCGUGCCUCACACCUUGUUCAACAUCAGAGAAUUCAUACAGGUGAGAAACCUUACAACUGUAAGGACUGUGGGAAGGCCUUUGGCCGUACUUCGGAACUCAUUCUCCAUCAAAGACUUCAUACUGGUGUCAAACCCUAUGAAUGUAAAGAAUGUGGAAAGACCUUCAGACAGCAUUCACAACUUAUUCUGCAUCAAAGAACUCACACAGGUGAGAAACCCUAUGUAUGUAAAGACUGUGGGAAGGCUUUUAUUCGUGGCUCACAACUUACUGUUCAUCGGAGAAUUCAUACAGGUGCUAGACCCUAUCAGUGUAAAGAAUGCGGGAAAGCGUUUAGACAGCAUUCACAGCUUACUGUCCACCAGAGGAUUCACACUGGUGAGAAACCCUAUGAGUGUAAGGAAUGUGGGAAGGGCUUUAUUCAUAGCUCAGAAGUUACUCGACAUCAAAGAAUUCAUUCUGGGGAGAAACCCUACGAAUGUAAGGAAUGUGGGAAGGCCUUUAGACAACACGCACAGCUUACACGACAUCAGAGAGUUCAUACUGGUGACAGACCUUAUGAAUGUAAGGACUGUGGGAAGGCAUUUAGUCGUAGUUCAUACCUUAUUCAGCAUCAGAGAAUUCAUACAGGUGACAAACCCUAUGAAUGUAAGGAAUGUGGGAAAGCCUUUAUUCGUGUUUCACAACUGACUCAUCAUCAGCGAAUUCAUACUUGUGAGAAACCCUACCAAUGUAGGGAGUGUGGAAUGGCCUUUAUUCGUAGUUCACAACUUACGGAACAUCAGAGAAUUCAUCCUGGGAUCAAACCUUAUGAAUGUAGAGAAUGUGGACAGGCCUUUAUUCUUGGCUCACAGCUCAUCGAACACUACAGAAUCCACACUGGUUAGAAAGCCUGGAAUGUUAGGGCUGUAGGAGCCUUUAUGUGGAGUUCACACCUGACUCAGUAUUAGAUGAUGUGUAUGUAAUGUAAUUAAUGUGAAAACCUUCACUUGUCACUUCCACUACGGAACAUCGGAUAACUCAUAGCAGAAGAAAAUUCAAUAAACGUGGGAAUUCUUUUUGCCUCACACUCACUGCUUACCAAGCAUCAGAAAACUUCGCUGAAAAAAAUAUUAAUAUGAAUAUAGAAAACCUUUCUAUUACCACUCAAAAUGUGUUAAACCUCUGAGAAUUCCUAAUAGAAAAUGACCUUAUUAAGAUAUUUUGUGAAUGUGCCUUUUACCAUGACAUACAUCUUACUUAACAUUAUCUCAGCUCCACCAGUUACCGACUGUAGAGCAUUGGACAAAUAACACAGUCUUCCAGUUCCUCACUUUACUUAUUUUUAAGCAGUGAUCAUUAUAGCCCUAAUAGAGAUUUCCUGAGGACUAUCAGAUAUUUUAUAUAAAGCCUGUGUUCAACAAAUAUUAGUUACAUUAUUAAUUAAUAAUGGUAUUAGUGUUAAGGAGUUCCUGUGAGAGGAGGACCUUAUGAAUGUGUCAAAUAUCAAAAAGCCUUCAUAACCACCUAUUAUGAUAAUUCAUUCUAGAAAACUGUAAUCAAGUAUAAUUAUCAUGAGGUCUUCAUGAUAUUUAAGCUAGAAAGUCACAAGAUUAGAAAUUAACAGAAGAGUGGCCAAAAGAAAUCUGCCCACUUAGACAUCUAAAGCCACCUUCAAGUAUAACUUCGAAAGCAAUCAGAAAAUUCUACAAACCAAAACCAGUUCAGUGUAGCCAAAGCUGUGUUCCUGUCAACCCAAGGAUUGAAGGUAGGGGCUUUGUUCUCCAAACGUGGAUCUCUAGCACCUACUCGUUGCCAGUUACAUACUAAGCACAUUGAAUCAAUGGUCACCUCUAAAAAUUAGAGGGAAAUAACCACAUAAACCCAAAUCACAGUAAGAAUGACCACUA